GUUUACGGCGAGUAUCGCACACUGCUAUACGAAAAUACGCCAAAAGCGAUGAUUUAUCAAAAGUUGUGGACCAGGGGGUCCGGGAGGCAAUUGACCUAAUUAUGGAUAAACAGGGUCUCAAUAAGCCGUUUGCGCCCAAACUAUACAUUUAUAACAUGUUCGCCAAUAUCACCGGUACUGCUGUGUAUAGUCAAAAGUUCGACGUUGAGCAAGAUGAGUUUAAAAAGUUUAAAUACUGUACCACAGAUUUCCAAACUGACCUCGGUAACUGGCUAUUUCUAUAUGAGUUUGUGCCUAUUAUACGUUGGUUUAUGCGAAAUCCAUUAAUAAAGUACGCAAAGUAUAAAGAUGAAAUGAUGAAAUACACCAUGGACAUUUAUGCAUCCCAUAAUAGCACCUACAAUAAGGGUGUUAAACGCGAUUUUUGCGACACACUUAUUAAGGCUAAACACGAGGCAGUUGAACAGGAUAAGUUAACUGCACCUUAUUAUACCGAUGACAAUCUAGCUGCGUCUAUGAAUGACCUUUUUAUGGCUGGUGUUGAGACCACUCAUACGGCGUUUCAGUGGAUGUUACUAUUCAUGGCUUAUUACCCGGAGUACCAACAAAAGUUGCGUGAUGAGAUUAAACAUGUGAUUGGCAAUAAGGUGCCUACAGUCGAUGAUAAACCAAGGCAAAUAUGUUAUACCGGCAAACACACGUGUAGUGUUACACCAAUACUGCAUAUUAACGGACAAGGCUCACUGGGAUAA